AUGAAUUCCGCGAGUAAAUACAUACGCUUAUCAACUGGAUUUAAUAUGCCUCUUGUUGGAAUUGGGACUUACAAAACUACUGGCAGAGAAAAGAUAUUCAAUGUUCUUGAUGAAGCCUUGGGUGUUGGUUACCAUAGCAUUGACACAGCAACUGUGUACAGGAAUGAAGAGGAUAUAGGUUAUGCAUUAAAAACUCUAUUAAAUAAAUACGCUCUUGAAAGAGACGAUAUUUUUAUAACCACUAAACUAGCUCCGAGUGAUAAUGGAAACCCUCAGCGGAUCCGAAAAGCCGUGGAAACAUCUCUGAAAGCUUUGGGAACGUCUUACAUCGACUUGUACUUGAUUCACUGGCCAGGUACCGGAGGAAUACCUGAAGAUUCUAUAGAAAAUAUUAAAUUGAGAUCCAUCACCUGGCAAACGUUAAUUGAUUUGAAGUCUCAGGGAUUUUUACGGUCUAUCGGUGUGUCUAAUUACACUGUUAAACAUUUGCAGUUGUUAUUGCAAGAUUGCCACGGCGAAAGUCCUGCUGUGAAUCAAGUCGAGUGUCAUCCGCAUUACAGACAAGAAAAAUUACUCGAAUUUUGCAACAAAGAAGGGAUUCACGUUCAAGCUUACUCAUCUCUGGGAACAAGUAAUGAAACAACUCUGCUAAAAGAUCCAAUUGUCUGUAGAGUUGCUGAAGAAUUAAACGUCUCCCCUGCUAGGGUUUUAUUAAAGUGGGCACUUCAACAAGGGAUCGGAAUAAUACCUAAAGCAACGUCAAAAGAACAUAUCCAUGAUAAUUUCAAACUAGACUUUACUAUCAAUGAAACUCAAAUGAAAGCUCUGUGCUCUUUGCCGCAAAGAAAAUACGCUUGGAGCCCAGACAACGUUGUCUAA